CUCUCCUUCUCUCCCUUGCUCUUACUUUCUGCGCCUCUAUCCACGACUAUCCUGCGCUUUCCUAUACACUUCCUGUGCCAUCCCCCCCAGUCUGCCUCUUCGCUUCAUUCCACCUCCCAAAAACCUGGCAUUCCACCCACGACUUCGUUCACCAUCUUCCAGCUAUCUUACUUUUAAUCCAUCUUCUUCCUGUACACCACCAUCUUGCGCUACACUUCGACCUGUUCUUUGCCUUCCGAUCCUCGGGAACGUCCAGCGACCAUAGCGGAUCCGCUUAUCCGCCUCUUCUGCGUCAUUCAUUCCACUGCAACAGCCAUCUGUCCUCUGCUUUGAUCGACAAUCUUCUCUUUUUGCCUUUGAGCAAAUCUUCGAUAAUAUCACAUUCACUAUUCUCACUCUUCCAGGCGCUGCGCGCUGUUUGAUACAACAUUUAUAAUCCUAGUAAUUCGUGACGAUAUCGAUUUGUUCCAGUUUGUCCCUGUGUGGCUCUCGCACGGGCUUGACUGACUUACCUUCCUUUUGAUUCGAGGUCUACCACGACAUCGAAAGUCGAAAGUUGUGACUGUGUAAAGAGGAUUUGUGGCAAAACUACCAGUACCGUUCAAAGACAGUUGAUCGAGAGUGUGUUCCGCAAAGGGUUAGAAGAAACACAUGGCCAGUGGUGGAAUUCCCAGUCUUCAAUGACUAAAUGGUCCAAAUGAACAGUCUGAAAACGCCGAGAGUUUUGCAUUUUGCACUGAGGAGCGCCCAACAAUGUUGCGCCUGUUGUCCUGGACAGGUUGUGAUAAAGCCGCUUCGCCAGAAAUGAGAAUGUUUGUUCCCAAACAAGACUCCCCCGCCUCUGGUGCCCUCACAAUGCCUCCCAAGCACAAGCGCAAACAGUCUGGUGACAACCAGGGCCAGUCGGAGAGGAAACGGGCGAAGAUUGUUGAAAGAAACAAUUCGAAGCCUUCCUCCCUCGUGACUGCCCGCGCCCCUUCCGCCGAAGGCCAGACAGUGAACACCUCAAUUACCAUGAACGACGUACCGGCAUCCCUUCCAACGCCACCGGAUAUCAAGAUAGAAGAUUCCGAUCUGGAGACUACCGCGAGCACAUCAAAUACUCGGGCAACAUCGAUUGAUGACGAUACGGUAUCGGCGAAACGUCUUGAUUCCCUACGCAACGUCAUACAGACUCAAUUUGGUCUGGAGAUUUUGCUCAAGCACAAAGAACUUCGCCUCAUUGAACAAGAAAUUGCAAAAUGCCAGACUUCACUAGAGCAGCUGCGAAGAUGUAAGGAGAUUCCCUAUCCAGCCUCUCAGCAACCUUCGCUGGCGGUAAGCAACGGCACAGGUGCUGCUCUGCGCAAAGCUUUCCCAACGCCCCUGCCUCAGUCUCCUUCAGCUUGGGGCGUGACUGAUGGUCCUUACGCUCGUCACUAUGCGAAAUGGCUCAUACCAGAUGCACGCUUUGACGGCGGGGUCGACCCAGAACCUAUGAGCAGAAUUCCAACUGGUAAAUCGCCCAUGAAGUCUAGGUCAAUGAGAGGAAGCUUUGAGGCGCCCUCUGCCUCUAGUAGCUCCCGUUCCAAUAGAGGUGGUAAACUCAAGGCUUUGCCACCUGGAUACGGACAGCCCAAGGAAAAAGCUACCGGCCCGAUGAUCGUCAAGCGUAAGUCUGAUGGAUCUAUGGUCAAGUUGGUCUGCCCCGAUUGUGGUCGACAUGACUUUGGAAGUGCUCAGGGUUUCAUCAACCACUGUCGCAUCGGUCAUGGCAGAAGUUUUGCCAGCCACGAUGCAGCAGCCGAUGCUUGCGGUGAGCCUGUAGAAGUCGAUGAGUCUGGAGCCAUUGUUGGCGCUGAACCAACAGCAACGCCCACAACAGGAAAUGUCCAUCCUCUGAUCCGUUCAGCCAAGCUCUUGCAGCCAAGUCCACCGAAAACAUCCAUCCAGAAUGGCUUUGCCGCUACUACACCGAAGAGCAUUUCACCUGAUUUCAAAGAAUCAACUUUGACACCAAAUCUUUCAGACCUGGUUAAGAACCGAGGUUUUGGUAUCGAUUUGGAUAUUCUGGUCACUGAAGCGAAGACGAAAGUUGAGCUUCCCGAAAUUGAAUCAGAUGAUGAGGAGGAGAUGGAUGUUGAUGUUCCUGUGCAAGCUGCAGGCCAAGGUCGCCAUCCCCAAGUUGCAAUGAGUAAACAGCCACCAAAACCCACCAAGUCUCCCAUGUCCUCCCCGCUCCUGAGCACGAGUAUGACAAGAUCGCCGAAUGUGCGUGCCGGUGCGAUCCCUCAGUAUGACGGCGCAGCCGACGAUUUCAUACAACAUCGUCCUCGAGGAAUUCAUCUACCCAUGACGCACUCAGCUGGACCUGAUUUGCAGCCAUCGGAUCCCUCUCCCACCAGCGAGUCCAACCAGGCCCCUAGUCUAGUUGAUGAUGACGAGGAGUACGAACCGCAUUCCCCGACCAGCAGUUCUGUUUCUGACGAACAUGAUGAUGGGGAGGUGGUUUUCGAGGUUCAGGGCGACGAUGAUGACGCACGAACUGUUCUUCAUGCACCAGAGUUUCAAUCAAGCCAGCCAAGUUGUGCGCAACAUGCCAGACCUGCCACUCAUGCCAGGCGGCCCUCGGCAAUAAGACGACAUGGCGAAGAAAGGGAAGAGAAGCACGUCAGCUUCGUCAGCCCGAGUCCUGCAAGAGAUAUGCCCAUGGGCCGCCAAAGUGCGGAUCGGAAGAAACGGAAGGUUCAGUGAUUACACGGAGAGACUUCAAUUCUCUAGACUUAACUUCUAUCCAAAACCCCAAAUUCAGUGUUCCCGGAGUUUAGUGUAGAAGGAGAUGCUUGUGGCACGGUCUGAUUUGUUGAUUUUGGAGCUUUGGAUAAAGCACGUAUGGGAUUGAUAGGGAUACACCAGCAUUGGUAUCAAUAUUGUAUGCUAUACAUAGUACAUGCACGAGUUUGCAUCAUCGCCACUAUCAGUCGAAUGUAAGCAAUAUGCUUGCAAGCCAACAAUGAAAAGACUCAGCUCUAGAUUGUAUG